AUGUGGUUCAAGGAAGAUGGGAGAAGACAAAGCUUGAAUUCAAGUGUGGUAUUGUUGGUAAGUGUAAGUGGAGGGUGUAUUGCUCUUAUGAUAUAUGAGCCGAGACAAAUGUGGGGGGUAAAUACGACAUAUAGAAAGCACAGUUGUACUCCGAAUGGGAGAUGCAAAAUACUCAGAAGUCCUGUUAAUGCAAGGCUUUUCAUGGACAAGCUAAGAGUAAAUCCUAAAUUCAUGCCUAAGGAAAUUCAAAAUCACAUUAAAGAUCACUGGAAGAUAGUGAGUUCUAGGGGUCAAUGCCAAAGCGCAAGGCUGCUAGCUCUGAAGUUACUUGAGAAGGAGUAUGAAGAACAAUUUACUCACAUUCGCGGUUAUGUGGAAGAGAUUCUAUCUACCAAUCCGGGAUCAACUGCCAUUGUUGAAACUAUCCCUAACUCUGCCGGUGAAGAUGUUUUUAACCGCUUUUAUGUGUGUUUUGAAAUAAUCUGCACACUUUGGAGGGGCUCUUGUCGACCAAUCAUCGGACUUGAUGGUACGUUCUUGAAGACGGCAGUGAAAGGCGUGUUGUUGGCUGCAGUUGGUCAUGAUGCAAACAAUCAAAUUUAUCCACUUGCUUGGGCUGUGGUACAAUCUGAAACUGGGGAUAACUGGCUAUGGUUCCUCCAGCAACUCAAGGCUGAUUUAAAACUUCAAGAUGGAGAAGGAUUUGUUUUGAUCUCUGAUAAAUCGAAGGGACUCAUCAAUUCUGUACAAAAAGAAUUGCCUAAAGCUGAACAUAGAUUUUGUGUAAAACACAUCAUUGAGAACUUGAAGAACAAGCAUCCAAAAAAAGAUUUGAUCAAACCAUUGAUAUGGCAACUAGCUUGGAGCUACAACAAGACUGAGUUUAAAGAGAACCUCAACAAGGUGAAAGAGUAUAGCAUUGAUGUCUACAAUUUAGUGAUGAAAAAGCAACCCGAGAUGUGGUCAAGAGCUUUCUUUAAACUUGGAAGCAACUGUGAGGAUGUUGAUAACAACGCGAAGGAAUCAUUCAACUCAUCAAUUACGAAAGCAAGAGCUAAGGCAAUGAUUCCAAUGCUGGACACAAUUAGGAGGCAAGCUAUGCAUCGAAUGGUGAAGAGGCAUAACAAAUCCAAGAAUCAUGAAGGAAUGUUUACAGAGUAUGUUGCCAAGAUUCUCGCGAAAGAGAAGAAAGAUGCAAGCAAGUGUGAAACAACUCCGGCAACUCAUGGAGUUUAUGAGGUUAUGCUUUAUGGGAAUGAUUAUUCGGUGAACACGAAGAAAAGAACAUGUACAUGUGGUAAAUGGCAAAUCAAUGGGAUUCCAUGUGAGCAUGCCUAUGGAGCAAAGAUUGAUUACGAUAUGAAUGUUGAAAGUUAUGUAUCAGGAUUUUUCAGCACUGAUUUGUGGCGAGACAAUUACGAGCAGUCCAUACAUAAAAUGAGAGGGCCAAGAUUCUGGAUGACUUCUACGUAUCGCUUGGUAACAGCACCACCAGAGCCUAUACUACCUGGUAAGAAGAAAACAAAUAGACAAAAGACAUAUCCAAGGAUUAAAGGAAAACACGAGUCGGCGCAGAAAAAAACAAUAAAAGAAACACUUGGAAGGAAAGGACGUAUUGUACGUUGUUCGUCUUGCCGUGAAACUGGCCAUAAUGCAGCUGGGUGUAAGCAAUAUCCCAAGGAAAAGACGAAGAGACAAAGAACUACUGAGGUUGUUUCAUCAUCGUCUCAAGUACCGGAUACAAUCUCUCUCACGCAACCAUCACAAACAACCCCCGAUUUGGUGAUUUAUGAGUGAAGUUUAAAAGUUCUAUGAACGUGUACCUUUUAGUUUAGUUUUGCAAACAUGAAUGGUUUGUUUUAGAGUUUUUGUUUUGAAGUUUUUGUGAUCUUGGUGAUAGUUUUUAUUUCUUGAAACAAUGAGAAUUCGUCAGCUAUAAAUUUAAAUAUUAGAU